AUGGGUAAAUCCCGGAGACCCCACACGCCGGGACCCUCACAAGCCGGCUCGCCGGGUCGCACCUCGGGCCCCAUGGACGGCUAUGUAUGCACGCCGCGAGACAUGCGGUCCGCGCCGGCCGCAUCCAAAAUGGCGCCGGCCUCCCCAGGGGACAGCAGCAGUGACAGCCUGACGCAGGGCUCACCCAGGGGAGACACUCUGGCGCAUAUUUCAUCCGAGCUGGCCAAGAUCACUGCCAAUAUGCUGUCCAGAGCUGACAAAGCUGAGAUGCUGGCAGAAAUCAGGACUGCAAUCAGGGAGGAAGUCAUGGAG